AUGGAUGUUGGAUGCAGCGGAGUUGUUGUUCUCAUGAUACUGGCAGUAGCAAUAGCAGGAGCAGCAAAGGAGUCUGCUGUGAAUUUAUUAGAAGCUGAGGCACUGCACAAGAGUGGCUGGUGGGGAGACGGCAGUACUACUGCAACAAACAUCUCUGCCCACUGCCAUUGGUCUGGUAUCAUUUGCAACACUGCUGGUAGUGUUACCGAAAUACUACUUCCAAACUGCGGAAUUCAAGAUGACUUGGCAAAUUUCAGCUUCUCUUCUUUUCCGAACCUGGUUAGUCUAGAUCUCAGUCGAAAUGAACUUUACGGAGCCAUCCCACAUCAAAUAGGUGCACUCUCCAAACUCACCUAUCUCAAUUUGUCUUCCAACUAUCUUUAUGGUGAGCUCCCGUCUUCUCUAGUAAACCUUACGCAACUAGCACAACUCGAUGUUUCUUGGAAUUCGAUUGACAGCUUAAUUCCUACCGGGAUCGAAAACUUGACAGGUUUGGUUACUCUAGAUUUGAGCUACAAUUCGCUUUUUGGUCCCAUCCCUCCCACUCUUGGCCAAUUGUCUAAUUUAGAUUCCCUUGAUCUCAGCAAUAAUCACUUCAGUGAGACAAUUCCUUCAGCUCUUUUUAAUUUGACAAAUCUUUCCCAACUAGACAUUCACUCGAAUCCCGCAAUGGGAGGAAUUCUCUUUAAAGAAAUAGGAAAUUUGAAGUGUUUAGUUAAAUUAGACUUGAGUCACUGUGGAUUUUCUGGUAGCAUCCCUCCAAGUCUUGGCCAGCUGUCCAAUCUACACUCCCUUGACCUCAGCACUAACCACUUUAGCGGGACAAUUCCUUCAGCUCUUUUUAAUUUGACAAAUCUUUUCCGACUAGACAUUCACUCGAAUCCCGCAAUGAGAGGAUUUCUCUCAGAAGAAAUAGGAAAUUUGAAGAGUUUAGUUGAAUUAGACUUGAGUUACGGUGCAUUUUCUGGCAGCAUCCCUCCAAGUCUUGGCCAGCUGUCCAAUCUACGCUCCCUUGACCUCAACACUAACCACUUCAGCGGGACAAUUCCUUCAGCUCUUUUUAAUUUGACAAAUCUUUUCCGACUAGACAUUCACUCGAAUCCCGUAAUGAGAGGAUUUCUCUCAGAAGAAAUAGGAAAUUUGAAAAGUUUAGGUGAAUUAGACUUCAGUGGCCUUAAUCUUUCAGGUGCCCUUCCUUCAUCUCUUUGCGACCUAACCAAACUAGUAUCUCUUUCAGGUGCUGAGAAUCAAAUUUAUGGUUCCAUUCCCUCUGAAAUAGGAAAUUUGAAAUAUUUGGAAUAUCUCCAUCUUGGGUCCAACCGGCUGACUGGUCAAAUCCCUCCGACCCUUGGCAAUCUGCCUUUUCUACAAAUUCUAAAUCUUUCCUCAAACCAACUUACAGGCCCAAUUCCUACCCAAUUUGGGGAUAAUAUUAAAUCCAAGUGGUACCUUUCGACUUUGGAUCUUUCCCACAAUAUUCUCUCUGGCACUGUCCCCUCGUCUCUUCUGCAACUGGGGGACGUCGACCUGUCCUAUAAUGCUUUGGAAGGUGAACUUCCGUGCAAGCUUGUCAUUCAGUUUGGUUCAGAAAGAUUUGUCGGCAAUCCACACUUGCGUCACGAUUCCACUCUUUGUGGAGUAUCUCCUCUUGUUAUGGGAAAUCACACUCCUGUUAUUGUGGGAAAUCAUAGACAUCGCACCCUAUACUACAUCAUAGGUCUUGGCGUAACCUUGUUGGUGUUCGCAAUAACUGGCGGAUUAGUAAUUUAUAUCCGCUGCUUCAAGAAAGUUAAAGUCGAGCUCAUGGACAAUAAACAUGGAGACAUUUUCAGAAUAUGGAACUAUGAUGGACAUAUGGCUUACGAAGACAUAAUUAAAGCAACCAACGAUUUUGAUGUCUGUUACUGCAUCGGGACAGGAGGGUAUGGCUCUGUAUACAGAGCACGGUUGCCAAGUGGGAAAGUAGUGGCUUUGAAAAAGCUUCACCGUUUGGAAGGCGAGAAUCCAAAUUUUGACAAGAGCUUUAGGAAUGAAGCCGACAUGCUAUCUAAAAUCAGGCACAGGAACAUUGUAAAGCUCUUCGGAUUCUGCCUGCACAAGCGAUGCAUGUUUCUGAUUUAUGAGUAUAUGGACAGAGGAAGCUUGUUUUGUAUCUUGAGAGAUGAAACCGAAGCUGUGGAGCUGGAUUGGAUUAAAAGAGUGAAUUUGAUCAAGGGCAUUGCCAGUGCAUUGUCCUACUUGCAUUACGAUUGUGAUCCGCCAAUCAUUCACAGGGAUGUGUCAAGCAACAACAUUCUUUUGAAUUCACAGCUCGAAGCAACUCUUUCUGACUUUGGAACUGCGAGGAUUUUGGAACUUGAUUCAUCAAAUCAAACAGUCAUUGCAGGCACCUUUGGCUACAUGGCACCAGAGCUAGCCUAUACCAUGGUGGUCACCGAAAAGUCUGAUGUGUAUAGCUUUGGUGUUGUGGUGCUGGAAACAUUGUUUGGAAAGCAUCCACAAGAUUUCCUUUCUUGCAUAUCAUCACAACCCAAUGAACCAAUAAUGCUGAAGGAUCUUCUAGAUGCCCGUCUGCCCCCUCCGACUAACCCUUUGGUCGUUCGUAAUGUGGUUCUUGCGACUGCGUUAGCCCUGGAUUGCGUCAACGCAAACCCGAAAUGUCGACCAACAAUGCAGCAAGUGGUGAACCGAUUUGAAGUGGGCAGGCGAGAACCAACUAGGCCUUUGCACACUAUUGCUGUGAAUCAGCUUGUUAGUCCACCAUUGCUUUCACUGCCUGACCAAACCUACACAGUAGUUUAA